GCGGAAGCCAGAGACAUGUGGAUCGAACCAUCCCGACCCGUAAAAAGAUUCUUAGUUCCGUUGAACAGCAUGUUGUUGAAAGGGGGAAACUACAGAACGGCACGUAGUUAAAACUCGUGAGAUAAAAUCAAUCAAGGACACUAUCGUCAUUUCUUCCUCAGCCAUCCCUAAAUGGCGGAACCUAUUCGUUCAUCGUCUAUGUCACCGAGACCUCUCCAAUCUCCUAACCCAAUGGAGCCUUCCCUUACUUCCUCCGCACCUCCACCGUCUUCAUCGCAACAACAGCGACAACGACACGUGACAGCUCCGAUUUCGAAUUCAGCAGCGUCUCCGGCGAUGGUUUCAACGACGACCGAAGGUGUAAUUCAGCAGUUGCCUAUUAUGCAGCAAUCACCAAUGUCGAAUUACCACAUAGCUCAAUCCCCUUCCGUUUCUCGCAUGAACCACAUUCAGCAGCAGCAAGGCCAAUACGGCGACGUUUUCAGGCAGCAAGCUGAGAUAUACGGGACGAUGGACUUUGUUGGUGGGUCAGGCCAAAGCGGCCACUUGUCAAUGCUUAACGGUGGAGCUGCAGCAGCCCACAUGAAUUUUCACCAAUCCCAAUCAUUGUUACCUUCCUCGCCGAGGCAACAAUCUGGUCUAGUCCAUGGCUCUCAGUUUCAUCCAGGAAGUUCUGAACAUCAGUUACAUGGGAUUGGAGUGAUGGAUUCACUGAUCUUGAGGUCGCAAAUGAGAGCUAACCCUGCCCUCUAUCCUCAGCACCGAACCAACCCGGGACAAAUGAGAUCACAGCAACACCUUCUUACUUUACCUCAGGUCCAGAACUUCCAGAGGACACCUUCUCUCGCAUUCAUCAAUGCUCAGCUAUCUGGUUUGGCCCAAAAUGGACAAGCUGGUAUGGUUCAAAACUCAUUAACGCAGCAGCGGCAAUGGCUGAAGCUAAUUUCGGAAAUAAACAGCCCCAAUUCACAAUCAUUUCGACUCCAACCGAGUCAAAGACAGGCUCUACUCUCACAGCAGCAAUUUCCCUCUGCUCAGCUGCACCAAAAUUCUAUGCCUUUGAAUCAGCAGCAAAUAUCACAUAUUAUACAUCAACAAUCACAGAUGAACCAGGCUCAGAUGAACCCAUCUCAUCCCCAACAGCCGUCUCCAAGGAUGCGGAGUCAUGCAGGACAGAGAUCUGUUGGUUUAACAGGCUCACAACCAGAUGCGACAGAGCCGGGUGCAGCAACACCAGGUGUUGUUAGGUCCAGCCAAGGACCAGAAGCAACAAACCAACUGCUAGGCAAAAGAAAAUUACAGGAUCUGGUUUCACAGGUGGAUGCACAUGCUAAAUUGGAUCCUGAUGUUGAAGACCUCCUUUUGGAGCUAGCAGAUGAUUUCCUUGAUUCGGUGACUUCAUUUGCAUGUAGAUUGGCUAAGCAUCGUAAAUCAACCGUAUUGGAGCCUAAGGAUGUAUUACUCCACUUAGAGAAAAACUUGCAGUUGACAGUUCCUGGAUUCUCAAGUCAGAAUAAACACCAAACAAAAAACGUACCAACUGAUCUCCACAAGAAGCGAAUUGCAAUGGGUCAAAAGCUGCGUGCUUUGGUGGAAUCCUCACUACCGGGGACGAAUGCAAGCAACUCCAAGGAAACUAUUAGACAAGUGAUGGUGAACCCAAAUGGUGCAAACCAUCUCUUAAGACCAUCUCCCAGUUCAGAGCAAUUGGUUUCGCAGACACCGGGUCCUCGUAUGUCACGACAUACGAAACGUUGACCUUUCAACACAUCUAUAAAGAGAGUGAAGGCAUAAGGAGUCAGUCAAAUUGUAUAUAUUCUCAUAUAAUUAGUCUUAUAGGCAAAUUGAUUAGAUUUUUUAAGUUGAUCUUAUUAUUACAGCUUUCCAAAAGAAUGCAUGUCUCCUAUUUAUCUUCUCUUUGCGGUC